AUGGGAGACUUCAACGGAAGAGUCGGAGAGAGAAGAACACCGUGGACAAAACACCUGGGUCCACACAGUGACCACAGAACACCAUGCAAUUAUAACGGCAACCAUGUACUGGAACUGUGUGCAGAGCACGACUUAUUCAUCAACAACACCUUCUUCCAGCACAGAGCCUCUCAGAUCUACACCUGGUACAGAUGGAACAACAUCAUGGUCUCAUCACAGAUCGACUUCAUAUUAACGAGAACACGAAUGCGGAUCACAAUCACAGACUCAAGAGCCAUCCCCAAUGCAAGCCUGGACACAGACCACAGGCCAAUCAUCACAACGUUAACCACCAAGAAAGAAAGAAAACCAAAAAAACAUAAAAGACAGCAAGAGAGACUAAAUAUGUAUAAACUUGGAGAUGAUCAGGCGCAGGCUCAGAUCAGAAGCACGUUAAAUGAAAAACUUGGCUCUAUCAACUCUACAAUACUAACCGUAGAGGAAGCUUGGGAUACCUUCAAAACAACUCUCCUGGACACAGUGAAAGAAGUCUGUGGUACCAAGAAAACAAGAGGAAAACACAGAAAAGCAACAGCCUGGUGGAACGAAGAAGUUAAAGAUGCUAUCAAGGAAAAGAAGAGACUUAUAAUGUAUGGGUCAAGUCAAAAAACGAAGAGGACUACAUUAAAUAUAGACUUGCAAGAAGACACAGGGAACAAGAAGGCGGACUUCACUACUAUUCUGCCAGACAGGGGACAGGGUCAACCAAGCCUGAGAGCGGACGCAACGUCCCUACAGAACGACCAAGGCGCAAAGUGA